AUGUUAUGUCCUUGUUCGAAAUGUCAAAACCGAAAACAACGUGACGCGAGAACCGUGUCUCGCCAUCUUUACCGAGUCGGAUUCAAGAGUAAUUACUACUUAUGGUCAAGCCAUGGAGAAAAUUACUAUGACGUUGGCGGAUCAUCAGCAGGAGGUCCAUUUAUGGGAGAAGAGACAUUACAUACGGAAGAAGAGACAUAUCAAGAGAACUUUCCUGAUAUUAUGGGUGGAGGCACUGGAUCAACUCAUGUAUUGGAUAAUGUGAUGGAAGCACCCGAUGAGGAGCAAUAUGAAGAUAGCGUGUUUCAAGCAUUUGAAGCCGCUAAUCAACCAUUAUAUGAAGGAUGUUCUGAAGAGUCAUGUUUGGAUGAGAUAUCACAAACUUUCAGAGAUGUUCUGCCACAACCAAAUCAAGCUCCUGCAUCAUAUUAUGAGACGAAGAAGUUGACAAAGGCGCUUGGCCUCCCUGUUGUGAAGAUUGAUAUUUACGAGGAUAACUGCAUGUUAUUUUGGAAGGAAGAUCAAGACUUGUUGGUGUGUCGGUUUUGUGGGAAAGAUAGAUAUCACCAGAACCGUGGAAAGGGAAAAAAUCGGCCAAAACAAAGAAUGUUUUACAUGCCUAUUACGGAGAGGUUGAAGCGGUUGUACCAAGUUGAGGCGACAACAUCACAAAUGCGAUGGCACGCGGAACAUGAGUUGCCCGAAGGAGAAAUGCAUCACCCUUCUGAUGGAGGAGCUUGGAAGCAUUUUAACAAGGUAUAUCCUAAUUUCGCUGCAGAAAGUCGGAAUAUAUAUCUUGGAUUAGCAACAGAUGGAUUUAAUCCAGUUGGUAUGAGUGGUGAAGCCCACUCGGUCUGGCCCGUAACCGUAACUCCAUAUAACUUACCUCCUGGUAUGUGUAUGAAAAGAGAAUAUUUCUUUCUAUCAGUCUUAGUGCCCGGACCAAGACAUCCAAAGAAGAGCAUUCAUAUUUAUCUGCAGCCGCUAAUUGAAGAAUUACAAAGUUUGUGGAGUCACGGGGCAGAAGCAUACGAUAUCUCUAGAAAGGGCAAUUUCACGAUGCGGGCUGCAUUAAUGUGGACCAUUAAUGACUUUCCGGCGUAUGGCAUGAUGUCAGGUUGGAUGACUCAUGGUCUUUUAGCUUGUCCAUAUUGUCUAGAUGAUACAAAGUCAUUUUGGUUGCAACAUAGAAGGAAGCAUAGCUGGUUUGACUGUCAUCAAAUGUUUCUGCCUAAAGACCAUCCUUACAGGAGAAAUGUCCAAGCGUUUCGAAAGGGAAAGACGAUAACCGAUGAUCCUCCACCAUGGUUGAAUGGAGAAGAAAUUCUCCGCGAAAGAAUCAACAACAUCGAAGGAUUGAAGAAAACUGUUGAAUGUGGAGGCAAUGGACACGAGAAACCUGCGAGCAACAUAGACGGAUAUGGGAAAUAUCACAAUUGGGUGAAGAAGAGUAUUUUUUGGGAUUUGCCCUAUUGGGAAAAUCUUCUUCUUCGCCACAAUGUGGACUUUAUGCACGUUGAGAAAAAUUUCUUUGAUAUUAUUAUCAACACGGUGCUUAAUGUUCCCGGGAAGACGAAAGAUAAUGCAAAGUCAAUGAUGGAUCUACCUGAUUUGUGCAGAAGGCAAUAG